UAAAACUUGGUCACUACUUACUUUUCUUCAACACAGAGCAAAGGCUGAUGACUUUACAUAUGACAAAGGAACUGAACAUAAGUUAUACAGGGAAGCAUUAAGCUUGUUAUCAAAACAACACACCCUUGCUCAUGAACUCCCUUUGAAUUUUAAGGUCGAGCAUAUUUAUAUUUUAUUAUUAUUAAUCAAGAUAAGUUCAAGGGCUAGAGUAGAUUCAAGAGCUAGAAAGUGCAAAUUGACAUGUUACAUGAUGUCUUCCACAUUUGAGGAAUCUGAGUCUGAGGGCGAUGAUUUGGACUACAUACAAAGUGAUAUUGAAGAUCAGAACCUUCCUGUAUUAUUAUCAUCAUCACAGCUUGAGGAUUUUUAUGAAUUAUACAAAAAAAUGAGUAAAGCUCAAAAAUGGAUUCUCUCAUCUGGAAAGUGCAUUGAGGAUACUAUUUUCGAACAUUGCAAGGAACAACCAGUUGAAUCAUUCUUACAUUCAUGGAUUAUUAAUCUUGAUGAUCAGGAAGUAGAGUCUUUAUUUACAGCUGAAGAACAAAAUGAAAUCCAACAUGCAAUCAAAAAAUUGCCAGAGAUUUUAGAAGAAACUUCCUUUAAAGAUAGGAAUGAGCCUUAUGAUCAAGUGGAACAUUACAAUGCUGAAUGGGCUGAAAUUGUGAUGAGGAAUCUUACAUAUUAUGAAGACCCUAAUGAAACACUGCAAAAGCAACAUCUCAAGUCCUGGUAUGACAUAAAUGUGUGGUCCCUUAUUGUCAAUCAUGGUCUCUCUGAUGUGAUUGGAUUGGAAACGGUCAGAAAGGAAUUCUCAAGUAUAGCUGUAGCCAUGAGAAAAAACUGGAGGAGAACAUGUACACAUCACAAAAAACCAAAACAUAAAAAGAUGGUAUAUCAGAUGGAUGGGAUACUCCAAAUGUAUAUUGAUGGGGCUGAGUAUGGAGCAAUUGAAGUGGCCCAAGAAGUUUGA